AUGGCGCGCGCCAUGCUCGAGGUCAAGCGCUGGCUCAUACACUUAGUCGACGACCGAACCGUCCGGCACGACGCCUACUACUGGUCGGACGAGGAGCGUGGGUGCUACUUCACCCCUUUUACCUCGUGGGAUUUCCUCCUUAGCACCACGGCGCGCGGAGACAAGGCCAUCCUCGUCUCGCGGGACGACCUGCCGGUCGAUUGGUUUGCACAACAGCCCGAGUUAACCCGCACCGCCGCGUUCGCCGCGGGGUUUCUCGAGCGCCACACCCUCCACGGCGUCAAGCCUCUCGAGGAUGGGCGCGCCGACGCACACGCCCGAAGGGGACUGGCAGCGCAAAUGAUCGCCAUCUGGGACCGAUACCGGAGCGAAGGCAAGUUCUGUGCACGGAGACACCUCGAAUGGCACCACAUCUCGGCCCCCACGGUCGAUCUAGGACCGGAAGGCGCCCCUCUCGACGCCACGGCGCCGGCGCGGGCGUCUCCCCCGUCGAACCCGGGUCACGGAGGCCCCCCAGGUGCGCUUUUCCAGCGCCGAAUGUACCCUUCCCGCCAGGCGGCCAUCUUUAACGGCGUCUGUGCGGCCCAUAACAACUGCGCCGUCUACAAACUAGGCCGCCAUCCGUCCGCCACCCACAUCUUCGCGCUGGGACGGGCCGACGGCAUUGUGGACUUACACCCCGACACGCCGAUGGUGUAUUUGAACUUCGCGCAGGUCGACAUACUUCACUCGAGGCCACACGACAAACAAAUACCGUCGUCGUUCUUCCCCGCGACCCACGGCAAGUCUAAGUCCAUCUACGUCCUGAGCCCCGUGCCGGAAGAGCUCGACGACCUGCCCCACCAUCAUUUCGUCCUGCCAUCCGAGGCGUUGUGCACGGAGAGCCGCGUCAGGGUCAACGACGAGCAGUUAAAGCCGCGACUGUCUAGCGACGCGUAG